UAUGUCAUUGCAACUGUCAGAAACCUCUACAAACGUAUGUAUAAACGCAGAACAACAAAACUCUAAAUAUAGUGAAAGUGAUUUCGCUGUUCUGUAUUCGUGCUUUUGCAAAAGAAAUUUGCAAUAAUGUCGUCGUCAUCAAUGACAAGCACAAGUUCUGGUUCCCAGUCAAAGCCAGCCACGGUUCAGGAAUUUGGUAUUCGUGUACCGAAAAAUGUCGCCAAACGGUAUCAUGUUAUGCGAUUCAAUGGCACCCUGGACGUGGAUUUUGAAAAAUGGACACAAGUUAAAAUGGAACGAGAGAACAACAUGAAAGAAUACAAAGGCGUUGAUGAAGACCAGCCCAAGUUUGGUGCUGGUUCAGAGUUUGGCAGAGAAGCUAAAGAAGAAGCUAGACGAAAAAAACUGGGUAUAGUAGCAAGAAAAUAUAGGGCAGAUGAUCAACCAUGGAUAUUAAAGUCAUAUGGUAGUACAGUUAAGAAGUUUAAAGGGAUUCGAGAGGGUGGUGUUUCAGAAAAUACAGCAUAUUAUGUCUUCACACAUGCUGAAGAUGGAGCAAUUGAAGCUUUUCCCUUACAUGAAUGGUAUAAAUUCCAACCUAUACAGAGAUAUAAAGCUUUGUCAGCUGAAGAAGCUGAAGAAGAGUUCAAUAAGCGCAACAAGCAUUUGAAUUACUUCUCUCUCAUGUUGAGGAAGAGGCUUAAAGGUGAUGAGGAUACUGAAUUGGAGGAGGGAGAAGAAAAAGCCAAGAAGGGAUCAUCAAAGAAGGAUAAAGAAUUGAAGAUAUCUGAAAUGGAUGAAUGGAUGGAGAGUUCAGAAAAUGAUUCUGAAGAUGAGGAAAAAAAUGAGGAGGAUGAUGAAGAAAAUGAUAAGAAGAAAAAGAAGAAUAAGAAAGUUGAUCCAAAGAAGGGAAAGAAGAAGCGUGAUACUGAUGUGGAGGCUUUUGAAGAAUCUGAUGAUGGUGAUGGAGAAGGGAGGGAAUUAGAUUAUAUUAGUGACAGUAGUGAGAGUGAACCUGAGAAUACAAAUUUGGAAAGUGUGGCUGAAGAAAAAGCUUUACGUAAACUACUUACAUCAGAUGAAGAUUCUGAGAAUGAUUCUGAAAAAUCUGACAAAGAACAAAGUAAUGAUGAUGAAGAAAACAAGGAAAAGGAAGGGGAAAAGAAGGAGGACAAACCUGAUGGUGAUAAAAAAAAGAAGAACAAGAAAAAGGUUAAGAAAGAGGAGAAAAAGGAACUUAAGAAAGGUAAUGAAAUAAUAAUAUCACAAAAUAACUGUAAUAAGAAUGUUCCUUCUUCCAUAGAUGAUGAUGAUCCAUUUAGUUCAGAUAGUAGCACAGAUGAAGAUGUUAAAAAGAAAAAAACUGAUAAGAAAGGUAAAAAAGAAGAAAAAGAAACUGGAAGUGCGAAUAAUUCCCGUGCUGCAACACCGACUGAUAAUAAGAGGAAAUUGAUUAAUGAUACAUUGGCUGGUCCAUCUGUAAAGAAACCAAAGCUUGAGCUUGCAAAUUACAUCCCUGGAUCAAUUGAAUCUGGUAUUACUGAAGAUGCUGUGCGGAAAUAUCUGAUGCGUAAGCCAAUGACCACAACUGAGUUAUUACAGAAGUUCAAAUCUAAGAAAACUGGCUUAUCUAGUGAGCAAUUGGUCAAUAUAAUGACACAAAUUUUGAAAAAAAUCAAUCCUGUAAAACAAACUCUCAAGGGGAAAAUGUAUUUAUCCAUCAAAGCAUAAUUUUCAUAUAUCUUGUUGCUGUUAAUAAAAUAUGUCCUAUUUAUUAUGGAAAUAUAUGAAUCGUUUUUUAA